GGCAGAAGGCCGGGCCAAGGUCCUUCGCCAGCAGGAGCUCCCCUCGGCUCCAGACAGGAGGGUUUCUCCCUGCGCCUCUCAGGGACUCAAUCAGGAAGUGGAACCUGAAGUGUGGAAUUGUGCCCUCAAUUUUCUUCUAAUGCAAUGACCCAGCCACCUCAGGAUGAAUUUGACAGCAGUGUGGAGAAAGCAUUAGAUUGGAUGAAGACUAUCCAAGAGAGAUUAAAGGUCAAUGACAAUACCAAGGGGCCUCGGUCUGCCUUGGAGGCCAGGCUGAGGGACACAGAGAAAAUCUGUGCAUUGGAACCGGAAGGCCGACUGAAAAUGGAUUUGGUUCUAAUGAAGGCCGAUGCUCUCCUACAGUGCACCAGUGAGGAAAAAAAGCAUGAGAUAUUAUCCAAACUGAAGGAUAUUAAAGCCAUGUGGGAAGAAACAGCCAUAUACAUCACACAUUGUCACAGUCGUAUUGAGUGGGUGUGGUUGCACUGGAGUGAAUACUUGAAGGCCCAGGAUGAAUUCUAUGCAUGGAUUCACAACAUGAAGGUAACCUUGGAGCCAGACAUAGAACUACAGCUUGGUUUAAAAGAGAAGCAAUGGCAGCUCAGCCAUGCUCAAGUCCUGCUGAACGAUGUUGUAAAUCAGGCAGCUCUGCUGGAACGGCUACUGGAAGAAGCCAUUUCUCUGUAUAACCGUAUUGGAGAUCCAAGUGUAGAUGAAGAUGUCCAAAAGAAAAUGAAGGAAGAAUAUGAAGAAGUCAAGAAUGAAGCACAGAGAAGAGUGGGACUACUGGAAAAGAUAACAAAAGAACACGAGCGAUAUAAGACCAACAUCGACCAGUUUCAUAUAUGGUUGACCCAGGUGACAGAAAGAUUGAAUAGCUGCCUUGACCAAGAAGCAAAACUGCCAGCCGAAAACAGAAUUAAGGCCUUGCAGGGCAUUGCCAAAGAUGUGAAGAGCGGAGAAAAGAAACUGAGGUAUCUUGAAGCUCAGUCUGUCGAUGUGAUGCAAAACACCUCCCCACUGGGAGCAGAGAAGAUGAAGGCUGAACUGGAGGAUCUGAAAAAAGCUCUCGAAAAGCUGAAAGUGGUGAGCUCUGAGGAAGAGGAGAGGCUACUACAAAGCCUUAAGUCAGAAAAUGCCUAUCACACACAAGCCAGGCUGCUGGAAGCUGAUGUCCAGGAGUUCCGUAAAAGCCUACAUAAGUUAGGAAACACCUUUGAGCUAGACAACCGGGCAAGAAGUGAUGAUGACUUAAUUGCUCUCUGGAGAAAAUACAUGGCAACAAGGGCAACCCUUACAGCAGAGGAAUCAAAGGUUGAAAGACUGAAGACUCAACUUAAGGAGUUGUUCAGGUUUUCACAAGACAUGCAGCCACUUUCUGACAGUGUGAUUCGUGCAAUACGUGAAUAUCAAAGCCUGAAGGGGAAGACAUAUAAAAUGAGUGCUGAGACAGAAACAGAACUGAGACAACGCUUCCAAAACCCCUUGAGGGAAUUCCACCUGUGGAAACCAUCAGUGCAGAGAUUGCUGGAUACCACGGCAAAUAUUUCAGACCCUACAUUGACAGAUACAUUCUUGCAUCAGAUUGAGCAAUUUCUAGCUGAGUGCUCCCACUUUAAGGAACAACUCCUGAUGUUACAGUGGAAAAAAGAUUUCCUGAGCUGCAUUUUUGAGAAAGACAAAGAAAAAUCACUUUUGGCAGAAGCAACUGAUGCUACAAAGGAAGCAGAACAACUAUACAAAGAUCUCCUUCAGAGGAAAAGCAGAUUGCAGGCUUUACUGUCUCAGCAUAAAGACUUUGAUGCAGAUUUUGGAUUGUUGCAAAAGAGGUUGGCUGCUGUCAGAACCAAGGUAGAUGCAGAGAAGGAACCUUUGCCUGAUCUAGCAGCUAAAGAAGCUCGAUUACAAAGGCUACAGACCAUCCAUGGAGAUUUAGCAGAGUGCGCUGUCCAAAUGGAAGAACUGGAGAAAUAUGUUCAGCCAGAUCCAGCACAGAAGCAUAAAAUGAAGCUCCUUUCUUCUGAGCAUCAAUUCCUGAAGCGGUCUCUGGAGAACAUCACAGCACAGAGCAAGCAGCAUGUACAAGACCACUGGACCUUCAAUGACAGAUUGUCAGAUCUCCAGCAGUGGCUGACAGUAACCAAACAAAAGCUGGAAUCCUGGUGGGGUAGUAGAGAAGGGUGGAAAACCAACAGCCGAGAUUUGGAUUUGGAGAGACUUCAAAUGGAGUUUCCAGAUAGAGAGAACCAAUUACAACUUAUUGAGGCCAAAGGAGAAUUAGUUGCAGUGAAUUCUUCUUCAGAAGGGGCUGCAAAUGUCCAGGCAGAAGUGAAGAAGCUAAUGGAAUCUUUUGAGUCUCUUGAAGACAUGAUGUUAAGACUCCUGCAGAAAGUCCAUCCAGACAGAACAACACUAGAUGUGGGCAAGAAGAUAUCAUUUCCGGACAGUGUGCCAGCACUGGGUUUUGUCACUCACUCUACAGAUGAUCCAAACCAAGCCUGGAAGAACACAUCCCAAGGGGAAGAUUCAAAUGAUAUCCAGCUCAUUAAAAACUUUGAGAUAUGGUUGCAAGGAGAAAAUGCCAAAUUGUCCAAAAUUUUUGCCAUGAAACUUUCCAGUACUGAAGAAUUGAAGGCAAGGCACAGCAAACUAAAGGAACUUAAAUCUCGGGUUCCUGAGGGACAGCAUCACUUUGAAGAUCUCUUGCGUCUUCAGCCCAUACUCCAGAGCUCUGAGGAACUGGAGGAUUUGCGGUACCGAUGGAUGCUCUACAAGUCUAAACUGAAUGACUCAUUGAUGACAGGUUCUUUGGAAGAGCCAGCAACAUUCAGAAAGGGAAAACCAACUGGAGCAUGUUCUUUUCUCCGUCGUGUCUGCUGGGCAGCUUUGCCUCUUCAGUUACUCCUGUUGUUUCUGCUCCUCCUUGCCUUCCUGCUCCCACUGGUGGAAGAAACACAUAGUUGCAAGUUGGCCAACAAUUUUGCACGCUCCUUCAACCUGAUGCUUAGAUAUGAGGGGCCACCACCAACUUAAGUUCUCCACACCCUCCUCAGGUGCCUUUGAACAAACAGGUUGUGCUAUCUGUU